AUGUGGAAACAGGAACUUUUGCAAGAAGGAUAUUUGCAUGAGUACCUUAAAGUAGAGAUGUACGAAGACGCAACUCCAAAUCCAGACAUGACUGAUUUACAAAAGAAAAACAAGCUUAUUGAAGUAUGCAAUCUUAAGUUUGCUGGACAUACCAUGGCGUCUUCGAAUUUGACACUGGUGACAGUUUUCAAGAGUGAGAAGAUCACGCUGACUGUGAACUGUGAGAAUGUUAUUUUUGUUUCUGUUAUGCUCAAUGAACUGAUAAGUAAUUUGAGUUCAUAGAAUCAGUUUAUUCAUUUUGUUAGCAGAAAUAUCCGUUUCUUCUUGGUUUUUGGCUGUCUUCAUGUUGAAAAAUAUUCGCUUGUAUUUUUCCUAUUAUCAUUACAUAACGUGUCGUACUUUAUAUACAUAUAUUAAUAAAGCAAUUAAUUAUUGUUAUAA